CGAUCUAGAAACGAAAAUAAUCGUAUCGCCGGAGGCCGGGAGCUGCGAUAGAUAAUAGCCAACCGGAGAUGCGAAGUCCGAGAAUAAAGACCCUCAGCUGCGCUCUCCUACUCCUACUCCUAUUCCCGAUUGCUACACUCGGCCGGCAAUUCGUCCUCGUCAUUUCACAAGACGAUCUCAAGGACCUUGGCACUGAUCCUACCGCCGCCAUUGAAACUGAUUCCGCCGAGUCUGAAUUCGAUGAUUUUAUAGACUCCGAUGCUAAACCGGACCACGAGCUCGACCCCGGUUCAUGGAGUCCGAUCUUCGAGUCCGGGCAGGGUCGUAUAAGUCAAGACGAGCAGGAGACGGCAUACUAUCUAUCCGCGAGGAAGAUGGUAACCGCUUCCAGCCGAGGGGAUGCGAGGGCUAUGGAGGAGAUCGGGUCGGAGAUGGAGGCCAUAGCCGCGGAGGGGUACCCGCACGCGCAGUCGGUGAUGGGUUUUUUGUACGGUAUGGGAAUGGUGAGGGAGAAGAACAAAGCUAAGUCCUUGUUGUACCACCAUUUUGCUGCUGAAGGAGGAAAUAUGCAGUCCAAAAUGGCACUUGCUUAUGCAUACACUCGUCAAGAAAUGCAUGACAAGGCAGUUACACUGUAUGCUGAAUUGGCAGAGGUAGCUAUAAAUAGUUUUCUAAUUUCAAAGGACUCACCUGUGAUUGAACCAGUUCGGAUACAUAGUGGUAGUGAGGAAAAUAAGGAAGCAUUGAGAAAGUCCAGAGGAGAAGAGGAUGAGAACUUCCAAAUUUUGGAAUACCAGGCACAGAAAGGGAAUGCAGGGGCAAUGUAUAGGAUUGGUAUAUUCUACUACUUUGGAUUGAGAGGAGUGAGGUGUGACCAUGCCAAGGCAUUAUCAUGGUUCUUGAAAGCUGUUGAUAAGGGUGAGGCAGGAUCAAUGGAACUUCUUGGUGAAAUUUAUGUAAGAGGAGCAGGAGUUGAGAGAAAUUACACCAAGGCAUUAGAGUGGCUAUCACUUGCUUCCAAGCAACAGCUUUAUUCGGCUUAUAAUGGUAUGGGAUAUCUUUACGUGAAAGGUUAUGGGGUGGAAAAGAACUAUACCCAGGCAAAAGAGUAUUUUGAGAAGGCUGCUGAUAAUGAUGAGCCUGGUGGGUUCUACAACCUUGGAGUUAUGUAUCUGAAAGGGCUUGGGGUUAAAAGGGACUUGAAGCUGGCCGGCAAGUACUUUAUAGGAGCUGCUAAUGUGGGUCAGCCGAAGGCUUUUUAUCAAUUAGCAAAAAUGUUCCAUACUGGAGUGGGACUCAAAAAGAAUGUUCCAAUGGCAACUGCCUUGUACAAAUUAGUUGCAGAACGUGGACCAUGGAGCUCAUUGUCUAGAUGGGCAUUAGAGUCAUAUUUGAAGGGAGAUAUAGGGAAGGCUUUUGUCCUUUACUCAAGGAUGGCAGAGUUGGGCUAUGAGGUCGCACAAAGUAAUGCAGCAUGGAUUCUUGACAAAUAUGAAUCGAGGAGUAUGUGCAUGGGAGCAUCUGGUAUUUGCACAGAUGCAGAGAGGCAUCAGCGAGCACAUGCCUUGUGGUGGCAAGCUUCUGAGCAGGGCAAUGAACACGCUGCUCUACUCAUUGGUGAUGCAUAUUAUUAUGGCCGGGGUACUGACCGAGAUUAUGUGCGUGCAGCAGAAGCUUAUAAGCAUGCCAAAUCACAAUCCAAUGCUCAAGCCAUGUUUAAUCUGGGAUACAUGCAUGAGCAUGGCCAAGGAUUGCCGUUUGAUCUUCACCUUGCAAAGCGUUACUACGAUCAAGCCGUAGAUAAUGAUCCUGCAGCAAAGUUGCCUGUAACACUGGCUCUUGCAAGCUUAUGGAUAAGAACAAACUAUGCUGACAGCUUCCUGGUAUCUGUGAUUGAUUCAUUGCCGGAUCUUUAUCCAAAAAUGGAAACAUGGGUGGAGGAUGUGCUAAUGGAAGAAGGAAAUGCCACAAUACUUACUCUCAUUGUCUGCCUGUUAACAGUGCUUUACUUACGUGAGCGUCAACGAAGGCAUGCUGCUGCAUUUGUUGGAGAGGCUCCUCCUCAUCAGGUGGGUGAGCAGGGUGAACCCGUUCUCAACUAACUUUUACCAAAAAUACCAAACAUUGGUCAUCUGAUGUAUGUGGAGAUGACAUUCUUCCCAGAAUGGUGUACAGUAGCAUGAUUUCCACAUCCCGUUGCUAAAGAGAGAACCGCCUUUUGUUUACCAUUUGUUGUCUACUAGUGUGUAUGUACUGACACUCUGACAGUCACAGGUAGGUCAGGAAUCUCCUCUUAAGAGAAAAGUUGUAUUUAACGCAGUCAAAAGAUAUCAGCGUGAUAUAAUUGGCAUCCAGUAAACAUACCAAGCCUGUGCCCGUUGUUUUCAAAUUAUUGAUUUGAUAAGUUUUAUUCUGUUCGGGAUAAAAUUAUAAUAGCCUUCUUAAUCUGUUUCUGUGUCCAUAUCUCGUGGAGUCAUCUGGUAUGAAUGAGUUUAAGUGCC